UUUAACAUUGUAAACAAAAAUGAAAGUGAGAAAAAAGCAAAACGGUACGAAAAUCAGCGACAUGUUGAGCGAUUUCGAUGAUAGGGCCAAGGGAUGUUUUUUAAAAAGCGAAGAAUUCGGAGAUCUGAGCGACCAUAUAUUAAGCGGCAGAGAUGCCCUCAUAAAAGAAGAAAAUUUUAGCACCGUGGACCAGUUGGACAUAAUGGAUAUAAGUGUUAGUAACUUCCAGUUCGCUACGUUCAAUAAGAUGGAGUUGGAAGGCUUAGAUAUUAUAAAUGAAAACGAUUUUAUCGAAAAAGAUGAAUUAUUUCAUACAGAUUUAGUGAGUAACGGUAGCAGAGACUUGGAAGAAGUUAAUUCCUUCGAGGGCGUAACUUUAUCAUUGCCUAAAGACAUCGAGGACAGUAGUAACAAUACUCCCAAGGAAGUGACUGAAAAUCUGGAUGACGCGGCUCAGAAACUAAGCAAAAGGGCACAGAAACGAAAGAAGCAGCUAGAGGAGUCGAAACCGCAAUGUCCAGUCCGAACUACUGCAAGGCAUUUUACCAAAAUGUUUGAUUUUUUCGAGGCCAAUCCCGGGUUGGCAACUGGGCAGCUGCCAAAAAUUAAUUAUAGAAAAAAGUGGCGCGAUUUGACUGAAAUCUUAAAUCAACAGGGAAUAGGAGAGAAAACUACUGAGAAAUGGCAAAAGACGUGGAGCGACUACAAGCUACAUUUGAGAAAAAAAUUGUCGGGCAUAAAGCGAAGCGGUAAAGCUCUGGAUGUGCCAAAUCAGUUCACCGAACAAGAUAAAAGAGCACUGAUUAACAUGGGAGUUUCACUAUGUGAUGAACUGUCUAUAAAGAAACGCUUUAAUCCGGACUCAAUAGAAAGUGAAGACUCUUCCUCACAUUCCGCCACAACAUUGCAGGCCGUCAACAUUCCAACUCAACCCGUUCAGAACGGUAACAUUCCCACAGUUACUCACGAAGUAAAUUUCAGCACGGCCGGCCCUAAGAAACGACCCAAAUUCAACAAACAGCAAAGACAGAGGAAAUUAGCUGAAAGGCGUAGAAAGGUCCAGAGACUGCGCCAGUUUAGGGCAAAGACGGCAGAGUAUCAAAUGAAGAGUCUGGCGGAACUGCGUUCACUGCGUUCGGUCCUGGAUAAGGGACUGAAUAGAAUCGGCGAUGUUUUGGAGAGAUUGGUCAGGAAUUCCGAAUCCAACGCAUCGGUCGCCACCAAUUUGGCAGAGACCGCUGCUCAGAUCGCCACCACGGCUACUAGUUUCGCCAAAAUCAUCACCGGAUUCGAUAAUAAGCACAGCAAUACUCAACUUUAAAUGUGAUUUUAGGUAUUUUCCGGUCGCCUCAUCACCUAGAAGUAACGUUUACCAAAACGCGGUAAUAAUUGUGAAUGCUUCGAAUUUGAGGGCUCGGUCGCAUUCUGUGUUAUGUGCUUGUUUCGUCAAGAUUGUUCUAAUGAUUUAUCCAUCGAUUUUAAGAGAGUGUAAUUUUGAAAACGCAUGCAGUAGAACCUCGAUGUGGCGGUGGCUAGAAAUUUAUUUUAUUUUUAAAAAUGUUUUUUAUUUGAAUAUGUAGAGAUUUAACUUUUAAUUUUUUUUUUUUUUGAUUAAGUAUUUCUGCCACAAAAGAAAGAAAGAAUUUUAAAGAAAUAACCUUUUGCACCAAAAUGAUCAGUCGGUUCAUUUCACAAAUUUAGUUUUGCCUAACCAGAAGUGUGUCACUGACAUAAUAGAUAAUUCUUCUCGUUACAAUAAUCCAACUAAAUAAUAGUAAAAAUAAUAACAAUUUAACACAGUUUAUGUUUCGAAAGGCUCUAUUUUUGUCAUUAAUACUUCUGUUCUCAAAUUUGUCCUUUAAGUCAAUUUUUCUCACUGAGAAAGUAAAUAAUUCGAAACUCUCUAUUUUUAAAACAUUUAUUUUUAAAGUUUACAAACACCAGUUUCAAAUUCAGUGUUCCACACAUUGAAUUUUUUUUCCAUGAAACCGUGUAAUUAUAACAAUCUAUUGAAUUCAAAUCAGGACUUCUAGAAGAUCAUAAAAUUCAAUUAUCCGUGAACGAUCCGGUUUCGUAAGGAGGGGCUAGUCGAGAUUCUACUGCAAUUGAUUUUUCAGAAUAUUUUGAAAACCUGAGAAAUUUAUGUGAUAUUCCUUUGCAGCGAAUGAUUUUUGUUUGUAACGGGAAUAAGUUUCCUUUCAGAAUAAUUUUUUGUUUUCAAUAAACUGUAAUGUUCGCUGCUCGUAAGGUAAACACAGCUUUUAGGCUGCACGGCGAUGUAUAGCGUUAAGUGUCUAAUAGUCAAUUUGUGUGAUCAACGAAUUUCAUCUGUUCAUUGUUUAAAGGUUUUAACUAAUCAUGGAAAUUGUCAAUGUCUCACCGUUUAGAUAGAUAGAUGUUUACAAACUGUAAAUCUGUCAAUCGGACCAGAUGAAGGUGCAGAUUGUGAAGAUUGCAACAAACUUUUUUAGCUCUGCUAUUUAUUUAUUAUUUCGGUUUAACAUUGAAUGGGGGUCGUAUUAUUUGAUUGUGUUUGACUGCCAUGCUGAAAAAUAAAUUAUAAAUAACUGCAUUAAAAGAAUCGGUCAAAAAGUUGAUUUUUACUCUAACUUGAAAUAUCUUGUACUGAGAGUGUAGAUAAUUCUUUACGACACAAUAAUCACUAUAACACAUUUUAUGUUUUGAAAAGCUCUGUUUUCAUUAUUCAUUCCCAAAUUUGAUAUUUAGUCGGUUUAAUAAUAAGCUGUGGCACACUUUUUUUUUGUCAAAUCUAAUUUUUCUGAAUUGGUAUACAUGUUAUUUCAUUCCAUACAGAAAUUUAACAAUGAGGACACACAAACACACUGUACCGUCACUAAAAACUUCAAUUUAUUUUUUUGAGUACCUGGUGCCCUGUUGUCACAUCGGGUGCAUUGAUAUUAUGUAGUUCACCUAAACUAGGUCACUAUCAGAGGUGGUUGACAUUGAACUUCAUAAACUAAAGACACAGUUUUAAAAAUAAUAAUAAGCGCUUUGUGUUAAAAUCUUGAAAUAAUUUUGAAAAAUGUUUGGAAUCUAUCAGAUUAGUAAGUAAUUUUAUUUAUUUUUUUUAUUAUGUACGUUUUAUAUUCGAAGUUUGAUCUGCAUUGACAAAAAAAAUAUGAUGACAUAAUAAUAAUGUAUCAAAAAGUCGUAGAAAAGCAAUAUGCUUUUCACAUAAUUGGUUUGAAGAGGUAAUUUCAAGCGCCACUGAUAUAAUCGUGCACAUACAACUAAGACGAAAGUUUAAAAAAUGAGUUGUAAUUUGAUUAUUUAUUUGAUUUAAAGAAAAUUAAUAUGUAUCAGAUUCGUUUUCUGAGAAACAUACUAUUCAUUACCCCCACUUAAAACUACACCAUGUAUAUCUUAUCUAUUCAUAGUUAGAAGCCUUAUAUGAAUUUUUUAAAUUUCUUGCCAAUGUGUUAAAAAAACUAAGCAGUUAUAUUUGAACGUUCCUAAUUGAGAUCUCAUUAGCAUUAAGGUGGAAUAUGGUAAGCGUUUCUCUAUAUGGGAUCUGUUUGAACCUUGUUUUAUUUUAUCAUUUUUGGUCUUAUCUGAUACUUCAGUUGAAAUUGUAUCGCACAUUUUGGAAUUUUUUUUUUAUUCAA